CUGUUGCUCAUGGUGUGCGUCGUCGUGAGCUACGUCAUACAGCGGUAUAACGUGCGCGCGGUGCAGCCGAGCGGGGCGGCGCUGAUCGUGGGCGUCGCGUUCGGCGCCGUCGCGCGCGCGAAGACGGCGCGAGGCGCGGACGUGGCGGCGUUUCAAUUUUCGCCGCAGGCGUUCUUUUAUGGGUUGUUGCCGAUCAUCAUCUACAGCGCGGGAUUGAACCUGAAGCGACGGGAUUUCUUCGCGGAUUUUUUCACCAUCGCGCUGUUCGCGUUCGUGGGGACGGUGAUCUCGAGCUUCGUGUUCGGGCUGAGCACGUUCGUGCUGGUGGAGAUUGGCGUGAUUGCGAGGAAACAUCUCGGGUCGAAUCCGUUGUUGGAGUGUCUGUUGUACGGGACGUUGAUUUCGUCCACCGAUCCCGUGGCGACGCUGAGCGUUUUUGCGGACGUCUCGGCGCCGCCUUUGUUGUAUAAUUUAGUUUUUGGUGAAAGCGUUUUGAACGACGCCGUCGCCGUGGUCUUGUUUCGCACGUUGGCGGAGUUUUACGAGCAAGAGUUUACGGUUUCGACGUUUUGGACCGUCAUAGGGCAAUUCAUACUCGUUUCCAUCGGAUCGUUGCUCAUCGGGAUCGCGAUCGCGCUCGGUACGGCGCUGUUGCUGAAGACUUUGGGAUUGGCGGAAGCGCCGCCGAACGUGGCGGCGUCGUACAACGGCACGGCGUACACGUUUGCGCUGUUGCUCAUCUCGGGGUACUUUUCGUACGUCUUGGCGGAAAACGUGGGCAUGAGCGGAAUUAUGAGCAUAUUUUUCACGGGUAUCGGCAACGCGCAUUACUCGUACCAUAACGUCGGCGAAGAGGCCCAAAUUGCUGUGUUUAAAUCGUUCGAGGCGGCGGCGUUUUUAUCCGAAACCUUUGUGUUUGCCUAUCUCGGCAUGCAAGUCGCGACGUUUGAUCAUUUGUGGGAUUUUGGGAUUUUGCUCACGGGCAUCCCUCUCGCCAUGGCGGCUCGAGCUGUGAAUAUAUUUCCACUCAGUCGUUUGGCGAACACACUGCGAGAGACGCCUAUUCCCCGGAACGUUCAAGUCAUGCACGCGGCGUGCGGUUUGCGAGGCGCCGUCGCAUACGCCUUGGCCGUAAACAUGCCGUCGACGCGACCAGGCGAGCAAGGAUCGCGCGCGGUCGAGACCGGGACGUUGGUGAUUUGCUUAGUUUCUACCCUAGUUCUCGGCGGCGCCACGCUACCGUUGAUGAAACAUCUCGGCUUGCACGACCCGAGCGACAGA